AACACCCGACACUGGCUCACCACGUGAUGGGCCUCGAUGUCGCAUGGCCCAACUCGGAGCAGCCUAAAGGCAGGACCACAACGGCAGGAGAGGUAUUGAAGACAAAUCAGAAAUCGGAAACAGGGUUCGUCCCUUCGCUCGUCUUCCUCCACGGAGCGGCAUAUCGGUGCGUCACCAGCUCCUCACGUCCUGGCUCACCAUCGGCGGCUACGGGGACGUGACAGUUGGUAUCAGAGGUAGUCGAUUCUCGACAUUUUCCUCGGUUUCGUCCUUGGUGCUCGCGACGAUGGCUGAGGCGGCACAACGGGAUGAAGCGCGCUGGGAGUUGGUUAUGAAGAAGCUGAGUUGUCUGGUCCAGAAGAUGGAGUCGUUGGUGGGGGGUCAGGCAGAUCUAGCAGCAGCGGUGGCGCAGCAAGCGGCGGAGGAUCUGCCCGUUCUGCCUCAGUUCGUUCGAUCUGCGGGCAAUACCACGACGCCAGUCUUUGACGAGGGACCUGUCUUCGACGACGAGCUGCCCAUCGACUUCGGUUCCCAGGGGAAGACCGCGUCCAUGGCGGCAGCAAGCGCCAUGGAGGUCCCCGGAUCCACCCCGACGCCCUCCGUCCCCUUCUACGACAGCGUCGACAUCUUCCACCUCAAUAGUGAACCCGUCUACGACGUCUACGAUGACGACGAGGAUGGCGAUUCGUCGCAGCAGGCCGUGGUGCUCGCUGCGGACAAGAACUACUACCCCACCGCUGAAGAGAUGUACGGGCCGGGCAUGGAGGCGCUUGUCAUGGACGAGGUCGAGCAACCGCUGGAGCAGCCCAUCGUCGCAGACGCGCUUGCGCUGCUCGAGGAGAUGCGAGGCAAGGGGUACCAUGCUGACGUGAUGAGGGCCUUGUGCAAGCUGCGCGAUGCAGACAGGACGGUCCAGGUGCUCGGGGAGAUGAUGGAGGUCGGCUUCAGGCCAUGGGUCUUGACAUUGACAUACAACUUUGUGGUGGCUGUGCUCGUGAAGGCAGGAAGGAUGGAGGAGGCACUAAAGGUGAAGGAUCAGAUGUUGUUGGUUGCUGGAAAGAAGAUGGAUGUGGUUCUCGCGACAACAUUGAUGCAUGGGUAUUGCUUGCUCGGUGAAGUUGGGAAAGCGUUGGAUUUAUUUAACGAGGCUGUCAGGGAUGGUGUGACAGCAACCAAUGUGACAUAUGCGGUUCUGAUAAAAGGUUGUGAUGCAGAGGGGAUGACAGAUAAGGCAUAUGAGCUAUGUCGUCAGAUGAUAGAGCAGGGAUUGCUGUCAAGCACACAUGGGUUCAAUUUGGUGAUAACAGGUCUGUUAAGAGACAAGCGGUGGGAGGAUGCCAUCAGCUUGCUUGAGGUUAUGGUUGAUAUACCUUCUGCCGGUACUGCGGCUAAGUGUGAAGAGCUUGAUAUCAUGACAGAAUGUGUUGCUCAAUGCAAUCUUGUCACUGCUGUGUCCUCUGAUUUUCAUCCUGAAUUCAUCUGUCUGUUUGUCAAAAAAUUUGGUGGCUCUGUGGCAGUAUCAAGCAAGAGAGUAUUGUUUCUCAGUUGGGGCUACAUGGAGGAGUAUGAGGUUCUGAUUCCAUUUCAGUUCCUUCAGGUUCGUGAGAGCCAAGUAAAUGAUGUUUGCCAGGACAUGGGUGUGGGAGAUAAGUGCUUGGCUGCCAUUCAUGACUUUGGCGAUGUUCAGGGUGUAGAUGAAGCAAAGGAGGAGCUUGUUGAGAUAGUGAGCUGUCUGCAUGGUUCACUGAACUCCAAGAAGCUUGGAGCAAAAUUGCCCUGGGGUGUCCUGCUUGUUGGCCCUCCAGGAACUGGAAACACUCUUCUAGCAUGGGCAGUUGCAGGAGAGGCUGGAAUUCCAUUUUUCUAUGUUUCUGCUAGUGAGUUUGUUGAAGCUUUUGUUGGAAGAGGUCUUGCCCGUGUCAGGGAAUUGUUCAAGGAAGCCAAAGAAGCUGCUCCAUCCAUCAUUUUUAUUGAUGAACUUGAUGUUAUGGGUGGAAAUAGAGGUAGAAGUUCUAACGAUGUGAGGGACCAAACUCUAAACCAGCUAAUUGCAGAAAUGGAUGGUUUUGACUCGGACAUGAAAGUUAUUGUCAUGGCUGCUACUAACAGGCCAAAAGCACUGGAUGUUGCUCUUUGUCGGCCUGGUCACUUCUCCAAAAAGGUGCAGUCUUGGAGACUUGGUCCUUUUACUCUAGGAGUAAGUGGUCUGCAACUUGGGCCAUACAUGAGGAGACAAUGGGAUCCUGGUAUUACAAAUGGGCAAUUGGUGAUGAGCUGCGAGGAGCUAGCUUUGCAGAUCGCAGUGUUGCUUGGGGACAAGCAACAUUUCGUCGGGGCGAUAAUGUAACACCCGACACUGGCUCACCACGUGAUGGGCCUCGAUGUCGCAUGGCCCAACUCGGAGCAGCCUAAAGGCAGGACCACAACGGCAGGAGAGGUAUUGAAGACAAAUCAGAAAUCGGAAACAGGGUUCGUCCCUUCGCUCGUCUUCCUCCACGGAGCGGCAUAUCGGUGCGUCACCAGCUCCUCACGUCCCGGCUCACCAUCGGCGGCUACGGGGACGUGA